AUGUCACCACACCCGCAGCCCGACCCCAACGCACCACUCUUCGGCGUCGCCCACAACGUCUCUCGUCCGGCCUUGACGGCCUACACCUGGGCCAACGUCGCCACAUCGUACAUCUUCCUCUCCCUCCGCCUCCUCGUCCGCUGGCGCCGGAACCGGCACCUCCUGCGCGACGACGUCUGGAUGGUCUUUGCCUGGGUGUGUCUCCUGACCAUGGCCGUCCUCCAGAUGCAGCAGAUGGACUCGCUGUGGUACGUCGUCGAGCUCGAGGCGGGUAGGUUCGUCCCCGCGUCCGAGGAGGAGGCGGAGUUGCGGCUGGAGCAGUGGUUGCGCUGGUCGUAUGCGUUGACAUACCUCUUCUGGACGGGGUUGUUCGCGGUGAAAGCGAGAAAAUGCCUCUCCCCAAAGGAGGUCUACUUCUACCGCUUCUCGAUCUUCUUCUCAACAGCAGCCGACGUCUUCACAGACCUGCUCAUCAUGAGCCUACCUAUCGCCGUCCUCCCCUCGCUCCAACUCGACUUCCGCAAAAAGUUUGGCCUCGCGGUAGCCUUCUGCCUGGCCCUCAUCACCAUCCUCACAGCCAUCGUCCGCAUGACGCAGGUGCUCAAGGGCAAGACGGUGGACAUGGUGGGCCUGGCCGUCUGGAGUCUCACCGAGCUCGGCACCGCCAUCAUCGUGGGAUCGCUGCCGCCGCUAAAGGCUCUCUUGACGCGUGGGAUGAGAAAGUACAACGGGAGCAGGACGAACCGCAACAAGUCGUACAUCAACUGCAGAGGCGAGCCCGGUAACACAUACGGCCCGAAUAACACGUCGCGGUCCGUCAUGGUUGCUGAGUCGAUCCCGUUGGAUGAUAGGCAUAGAAGCGAACAGUUUGAUGGAGGGAUAUAUGUUCAGAAGACAUGCGAAGUUCGCGUAGAGGGUGCUUCGAAGAGAACGAAUGAUGAGGAAGAGGGAGUUGUGACGAAGAACUUCAAAGAAUUCUCUAUUGAGACUAUGAAUGAUUACAAGGACACCACGGCCUACGACAGGUAA